UGUGUUUUGUACGUACAAAUGUAUAGACGUACCAAGACGACCAUAACAAAGUGUCACGGCGUGACUUAGUCAGACAGCUCGGGUACAGCUCAUCACCGCAGGCUGGUUUCAGACACAGUAAAACCAAUCACGAAAAGGGUCCCAAUCCUCAGCAGGCGUGGUCGUAGAGACACGACGCCAUCAUGAGCUGUUCGCAGGAUUUCCCCUAUACGUCUGUCUUGUAUUCAGAGCUGGGUGGAGAGACAGGAACAAUAGCUAUUACAGUAAUAGCUGGUGUCCUUUCUUUUCUUACACUCAUCAAUUUCCUUGAAGAGGUUUGGUUCUUUUCAAAACAUUAUGACGACAAACAAACCCGACCCAAGAUUCUGUGCCUUUUGGCACUUUAUCCGAUCGUGUCUUGCAAUGCACUGCUGAGCCUUUUGAUCCCAAAAGCCACGCCCAUAGCUGAGUUCUUAAGUGCAUUGUUCCUGUCCUUUUGCGUACUGCAGUUCAUCAGACUUGUGGCCGAUUAUUUUGGCGGCACCAACGCCAUGGUCCAAGCUUUUGAAGGCGAAACAGUAACAUUCCGGACGCCGCCGUGUUGUUGUUGUUGCUGCUGUCUCACCCAAGUUAAACUAACUCGUAAAACGUUGAAGUUCAUAAAGAUCAUCGUACUACAGCUGUCGUUCGUCCGUCCAGGGAUCUUGUACGUGUUGAGCAUUCUCCACAGUGAUGGCCGGUACCAUCUGGAUCAGAGUUCUGAACCAUCACAGAUUUAUCUAUGGUUGAAAGUCAUUUCGACGAUAUCUACUUUGUUUGCUAUAUACGGACUUGUCGUGACAUUCUUCGCAGCAAGGCGGAAGUUGUCGUUGCCCAGGUUUCACCUAAAAGCCGCCACUCUCAAACUCACGCUUCUUGUGUUUGAUAUGCAACUAACCAUCCUCCUAGCCCUGGCUAGAUACGAGAAGAUUACGUGUGAGGGAAGUCGAGGUUCCUUUGUAAGGUCAAUAAGUAUCCACAACUUUAUGCUUAUCAUAGAGGUAUUCCUUAUUGCGGUGUUGGCCCGAUUUGCAUAUAGAUUCACCGAACAGCAAACUGCCGGAAUUGAAACUAAAGAAAUGAAGCAGAUGAAAGUGUAGUAAAGACAUUGAUGGAAAUCACACCAGAAGUCAGACUGACACAACCUUAGGAAUAAAUAUAUCAGGUUAAAUAGCUUUGCAAGAUUAGAUCAUAUUGAUAACAUGACGGGGAAAUAAAGCGUGGUGGUUCCUCUCGCCCUCGAGUUCAUCGGUCUUUUUUCCCUAAUUCGGAUCUUCUCGAGAGAGAAAAAAGUAUGAAGCACCACGCCGGAGUUCCAAGUGAUUGAAGCUGGCGACAACAAUAGCGCGUCAACUUUAUCAUCAUCACUGUUAUCGGAGACAAAAACUUCCCAACAACAAGGGAACGUAUUAUUUCUUAUACUUUCACCAUACUGAAUAGAAUCACUUUUUUGUCGGUCAGUUGCAAGUUGAAAUAUUGUUGUAUAUCCCUGCUACCGUCUUCUGCGUGUGGUCAAAGGGAGGUUACUUGCAGUGACGUCUGCUUAGGCAUGGCUGCUAAGAGAUUCGCUUCGCAUACCACGACAGAAAUUGAAGAGAAAAGGGCAAUACCAAUGACCCUUUGUCAUUUUUACAAAGGUCACACAGCUUCUGUAUACUAUAGUCUACACGCAUGUAUUAAAUCAGUUUUUAAUGUUAGUCUUUUUUCUUUUCUAUUUUACCCCUUUUAUAAACAAUUGAAUAUUUCUUUUCGGUAUUAUGUAUAUAUCCAUUUAGUUAUGAUGCAAACAUGUUUACAUUUGCACAGACCACACUCCUUUAUUACUUUUUACGAGAAUGUUCCCGCCCUUUUUUAAUAAAAGUGUUCACGUGGUGAUAGUUUUAAAUUUGAUUGUUUAUAACCGUAUACAAAAUACCCCUCAUGUAAUAAAAAUACAUAAUUGUUAUUUUAAAUAACUCAUUCUUAAAUACCUAUUGUGUGUAAAAAAAUAAUACGUUCAGUCUUUAUUUUUCAAUUUUUAUACAGAUAGAAGAAAAAACAUAUAUUAAAUUGUUAUUGUUAAGUUUAUUGACGUUGUUCAAUCAAUUGAUUCGGUUUUUGUUUUUUUCUUUUGUCGACAAAUUAACUAUGUAUUAUCACAGUGUUACAAUAUUGACACUAAAGCGUACGCGUUAAGUAGGCGACGGAGAGACAGGUGUGCCAUAUUUGUACAAGAAUGUACAAAUCCCCUAAUAUGCAACACGUUUUGUGUUUGAUUGAAGAAGUAUUUAAUGUAUCAAAGUAAAGUUUUACAUAUAACACAUAUAUUCGACGAACAAUAGAAAAAUGAAUAACACAUAUUUCGCUUAUUAAUUAAAAUAGCUCAAAAUCAUCUUUUACCCUCGAUCUGAUUAAAAUCAUCUGUUACAUGGUUCAGACGUAGUACGAAGUUAACGGGGCCUAACAGCUGAUUUUAAUCAGAUUGCAUUUGCCCGCUGCUAGAUUUGUUCUCAUAAUUUAACUUUUUAACUUCGAUAUAAGAUAUUCUAAACCGUUCUGUUGGGAGUUGGACAUGAUACAUUAAGUGGCAUUAAUAAAGAAUCACACAUUUAUAUGGACUCAAAUGAUCACUCGAACUAACCGAGAAGAUUUGGACAAUGGAAUAAUAUGUUGAACGGGGAUAUUAAAAAACCCAAUUGCGUAGCAAAGGAUACGAUAUUCAUUUGGAUUCGUAACAUCGAAGUUUGGUUGUAUACAUGAUUUAUUACACUCGAUGUGUUGUCAAUUUUGCUUUUGAAAACUUACUGUUUUGUUACCGUUUAUUGAUGCAGAUUGUGACUAAUGAAACACUCGUGUACGUUUUUGGUGUCAAGUCCUCAUCGGAUACCCACGAAGUGUAGUACAGUCUACAGCGUAUCCAACGAUCGAUGGGUGCCAAUGUAAACAAUGUAAAUAAAUAGACUGUAUAAACUAUAACAAAAAAUCCUAACUGUUAGUGGAAUUUAAUGUAUAAACGCUUUAUAGAUAUAUUUUCUUUUUCAUAAUUUCGGAUUACAAAUAAAACUGCUUCUUUCCCUUACCAAUACAUUAUUUUUGUUGCAGAAAAUGUGACCUGUUCACAAUUUUUCCAUAUCUUCAAUGGUGCAUAAAUAAUAGAUACAGAAUAGUAAUGUUAAAAAAAGUUUUAUUUUGUUUGUUCUAACUUCAACAAUUUACAAACAAAAUGUAUAUUACAUUUAUUAUGUCAUGUUUCUUUCUUAUUCAUUUUUAUGAAUAUUGCAAUAUGUAAUUAUAACUGUAGUCUGUAAAUAUUUCCUGCGUUAGAUUCCGUUCUAUCGCGGUUUUUAAUGUAAAACAUAUUUUAACGACACAAAUUUGUUCAAAAUUGACGUUAAGGAUUUCAAAAGCCAAAACUGCAAUAUGCUAUUUUGUUUUGUAUUCAAAUUAUCUAUGUUUCUUCGCAUUCAAAUAUAUAUUUGUUCUAUUGUAGUUAACAUGUGCUAUACUUAGCUUGUUGUAGAUAAGCGUAACUGCCUUCCUGAAAUUGCAACAUGUGCUUAUUUACCAGAGGCUUUUUGUACGCAUAAGAAUGAUAAAAGUAAUUAAAGCAUUUUCUUCA